AUGAUACUUUUAUUGUUAAUUUUUUAUUUACGUACACAUGUGCUUAGUCAAAAAUACGAGGGUUGUUUUCGAAGCUCCGUAUUGGAUCCCGAUUUGCCAACCCUUAUAUUAAAUCGUGCUAGCAUACCAGCAGAAUGCAUCAAAGAAUGUCGUUCACGUUAUUAUAUGUUUGCUGGAUUGAUGAAUGGUCAACAAUGUUUUUGUGGUAGUAAUUAUGGAAGAAAAGGUAUAUCAACUUCUUGCACCCUUCCCUGCACUGCAGAUCCAAAUAAUUAUUGUGGCAGUCAAGAAGCAAUGAGUAUAUAUUCUACAGGUCAAAAAGGUCCAAGUCCACCAAGAGGAGCACAAAUAAUUCACAGUAGAUCUACUGGUUUAGAAAUUACAUGGGAACCACCAAAUAUAUCUAAUGGAAAUAUUAUACUUUAUACUCUAAGAGCAGUAGUUAUCGAAACACAUGCUUCUGAUUUAUUACCAGUUGUGGAAAGUCAAGUGCAAGGUGGUUCUUCGAAUAAUACUAUUUUACAAGGUUUACAGCCAGGAACCAAAUAUAAUGUAUCUAUUGUUGCCACAAAUACUCAAGGAAACAGUGAACCUGCAUAUAUUUCAGGAUGGACAUUAAUUGCUCCGCCUAAUAAACCAAAUAUACCAAAAGUGAUAGAACAAACAAGUACUACUAUAACUGUUCUACUCUCAGAAGGAUCUAGUGAAUAUGGGCCUGUUAAUGCAUAUCAAGUGUUUGUUGUUCAACCCAGUAUAAUACCUCCAUCAGGUCCCAGUGUUACAUACUAUAAUUAUGAAAAAUCAAUGGAGCUGGGUUUAGGAUAUUAUAUUACAGGAGAAUUUGAAUCGUCUGAAUUUUAUAAAUUUAAAAAAUUUACAGUCGGAGAUGGCAAAAUGAUUGGAGGAUAUUACAAUGCACCUUUGAAUUCUCAAAUGACCCCUCGAAUAGGCUUAGCAGCGAUUUCUAGAUUUCAGAGGGAAGUACAGUUUGCUUAUUCAGACUCUGUUACCAAUAUGAAAAGUUAUGGCAUAAAUCAAAGUAAUGAAAUGGAUGCAAUAACAAUUGUACUUUGCGUUGCAAUUGGUAUCUUAGGAGCACUAUUAAUAGCUUCAGUAGUAUUGUACUUUGCGUUACGACGACGUCAUGAGAAGUUUCGUAUGACAAAACUACCGGAACAACAAGAACUCACAUUACAAGGACCACUAUAUGAAGUGGACAAUUUAGCGUAUAUUCCGGAAGAUGUACCUGAAAGGAUCAAUCACUAUCAGGAACUAAAAAAUAAAGUAUGGACUAUACCGCAGAAUGCAUUAACAAUUAAUGACACUAUAAUACGUAGAGGAAGAUUUGGUACUGUUCACACAGGUACAAUCGAAAAAGAUGGCAAAUCCUUCACUGUAGCGGUACAUAAUAUAGCUGACAGAUUACUAAAAGCAUCCGACAAAAGGAGUAUGUUAAGAGAGUUGGAUAUUUGUAUCAGAGCAUCUCCAAUGAAGUACCUUGCAGAUCUUGUAGGAACUUGUGAAACACAAGACACUUUAUACGUUGUCCUGGAAAUGCCAACUCAGACGUUAAAAAGUCAAUUGCUAGCUGCAAGGUCUGGAAAUAUAUUUCCAGUUAAUCAGAUAUUACUUAUUGGGUCUAUGGUGGCAUCUGCUUUGCAGCAUCUUGAAAAUUGCAAAAUUGUACAUGAUCAUCUGUGUGCUCGUAGCAUAGGUAUUUGCAAUGAUUGGACGCCUAAACUGACAGGCCAUGGUAUUUCCAAAUACGCGUUAGAAGAUCUAAAGUAUACUCGGUGGACAGCCGUUGAAUGUUUUGGUAAUAGAAAGAAACACAUAUCAGGUGUAAUUUGGGCAUUUGGUGUGCUUUUAUGGGAAAUGCUCAGUAUGGGUGGUACACCUUAUUCUAAUCUGACACUAGACAGUGAAGUAGAAGAAGCAGUUGAACGAGGAAUAAGAUUACCACAGUUAUUAGAUACUCCCGAUCCACUUUAUGAAGUCAUGUUAUCUUGCUGGCACACUGAUAGUCAAGAAAGACCAACAUUUGCUGAACUUACAAGAUUGGACACGUUAAGCAUUUGUCCCAUCACAGCAAUUACAGAAUCAUAUGUUCCAGAAUUAGAAUUAAAUUGA